CUCCCUCUCUCUUACUUUUUUGUCCCCACAUGCCCAAAUCUCUCUCUCUUCAGUCAGUUCCUUUCUCUCUCUUACUCCUUUUAUCCCCACAUGCCCAAAUCCCAAUUCUCUCUCUCUCUGUCUCUGCACUUAGUUCCUCUCUCUCUCUCUCAAAACGGAACAACGAGACAUGGACAAUCUCCAGAAUCUCAACCUUCUCUCAAUCUCUCUAACCAUAAUAAUCAACCUCUCUCUCACCAUAGCCACCGAAUUACCCUUCAUAGAAGUGAAUUAUCCCAACAACAUGUUACUACGGUCGAUGCCGACCAAAAACCAAUCAUCAGGUCUACAAACUCGGGUCGGGUCAGAUGAGUGCCGUGUCUGGACCCAUGCAUGUUCCGAUGAGGUUCUCCGGCUGGCUCACGAGCCCGAAAACGUGGCGUGGCUCAUGCGCGUGAGAAGAACGAUCCAUGAAAACCCGGAGCUUGCGUUUGAAGAGUACGAGACGAGUAGGCUUGUUCGGACCGAGCUGGACCGGAUGGGUAUCCGGUAUAGGUAUCCCUUAGCUAAAACGGGUAUUCGGGCUUGGAUCGGAUCUGGUGGCCCGCCUUUUGUUGGGGUUCGGGCUGAUAUGGACGCACUUCCUAUUCAGGAAGCAGUGGAAUGGAAACACAAAAGUAAAGUUGCAGGCAAAAUGCAUGCUUGUGGUCAUGAUGCACAUGUCACUAUGCUUCUUGGUGCUGCCCAUAUUCUUAAGUCUCGUGAACAUCUUCUCAAGGGAACCGUGGUUCUGUUAUUCCAACCGGCAGAAGAAGCUGGAAACGGCGCGAAAAAGAUGAUCGAAGAUAGAGCUUUGGAUGACGUGGAAGCUAUCUUCGCAGUCCAUGUGUCCCAUGAGCAUCAAACGGGUGUGAUUGGAUCUAGGAGUGGUCCUCUUCUUGCCGGAUGUGGAAUUUUCCGGGCAGUUAUCACUGUCGAGGAGAGCGGGGGCUCAGCUGAUCUUAUUCUAGCAGCUUCUUCCGCCGUCAUUAGCCUUCAAGGCAUUGUAUCUCGUGAAGCAAGUCCUCUUGAUUCUCAGGUUGUAUCGGUGACUUCAUUUGACGGUGGUCGCAGUCUCGAUGUGGCACCGGACACGGUGGUUCUCGGGGGCACUUUUAGAGCUUUUUCUAACUCAAGCUUCUACUACCUUAUGAAGCGUAUUCAAGAGGUACUAGUGGAACAGGUUGGGGUUUUCGGUUGCACAGCCACGGUGAACUUCUUUGAGAAGCAGAACGCUAUCUAUCCGCCAACCACAAACGACGACGCAAUGUACAAACACUUAAAGAAAGUCACCGUUGAUUUGCUUGGAGACGACCAUUUCGAGGUGGCUCCACAGGUAAUGGGAGCUGAAGAUUUCGCCUUCUACUCAGAGAUCAUCCCAGCCGCAUUCUACUUCAUUGGCAUAAGAAAUGAAGAAAUCGGGGCGGUCCAUAUCGGUCAUUCACCGCAUUUUAUGAUUGAUGAAGAUAGUUUACCGGUUGGAGCGGCGGUUCACGCGGCCGUGGCUGAGAGAUACUUGAAUGAUAAACGCUCAUGAGAAAAAAAGAUAAUCUCGAGUUUAUAUCUUCGGUGUUUAUAUUUUAGUGUUACAUAAAUUAAAUUAAAGUUAUUAAUCUAACAUUGCUUGGAAAUGUUUGUGAAAAGUAGGCUUUUUCUAUUUUUUCCGCCUAGAUCGCAUAUAUGAAGGAGUUGUCCAAAAUGUAAUAAUAUUUAUAGUUUAUAGUGUAAUUCUGAAAUUUUUGGAAAUUUUAUUUGAGAUAUUGAAUGUUAGUAUAUGGUACGAAGUUG